UUUUUGUUCUGUAUAUGCAGAUCGAACCUCAUCUGAGGGUGUCUGAAAACCCUAAAACCUGUACUCUUCUUUUACAUCUCUCGUAACUGUCUUUAGUUAACCAUAAAUUGCAUUCCGAUACAAAUUGUUUGCACAUUUCUUUGUAAUUUGAUAAUUUACGAAGAGACAAAUGAUCAGACCCUUGCAUACAAUAUUCUAUGAUAUAUUUUUAAUACUGAUAACAUUCGAAAUGUCAAAAUCAAGUGAAAUAUAUAGCUAUAUGUAACAGUGGUUGCAAUCAUUUUGGCGUUGUGACUCAUACAGUCUGUCAGUUCCGAAUAAUCGGAUCGUAUUCUUGAAGCUAACAUUUUAACCUAACAAAAGUUAAUUCUAAAAUACAAAAGCGUACUGUCACAACAUUUUUAGGUUUAGCUUUUGAUAUAUAGCAUUAUAAUAGUUCAGUAAAUAGGGUUGUCAUAUUCUCUUUGCAACCAUGGAAUGGCUAUUUGGAAAACGGAUUACUCCUGAGGAAAUGCUGAGGAAAAAUCAGAGAGCUUUAAAUAAAGCUAUGCGGGACCUUGAUAGAGAAAGAAUGAGAAUGGAACAACAGGAGAAAAAGAUUAUUGCAGAUAUAAAAAAGCUAGCCAAGGAUGGGCAAAUGGAUGCUGUGAAAAUUAUGGCUAAAGAUCUUGUAAGAACUAGACGUUAUGUAAAGAAAUUCAUGUUAAUGAAAGCAAAUAUUCAGGCAGUUGCUUUGAAAAUCCAAACAUUACGUUCACAAAAUACAAUGGCUCAAGCAAUGAAAGGAGUAACAAGAGCUAUGCAGAAUAUGAACAAGCAAUUAAAUCUUCCUCAAAUACAAAAAAUACUGCAAGAAUUUGAAAAGCAGUCAGAAAUAAUGGAUAUGAAAGAAGAAAUUAUGAAUGAUGCCAUAGAUGAUGCAAUGGAAGAUGAGGGUGAUGAAGAGGAAAGUGAUGCUGUCGUGUCACAAGUCCUGGAUGAGUUGGGUUUGCAACUAACAGACCAACUAUCUGGUUUACCCCAGGCAUCUGGUUCACUCAGUGUAGCAGGUUCAAAACAACCAGUUGCAGCUGCUGCAGGAAGUGAUGAAGGUGGAAAUCUUACAGAUGCAGAUGCUGACCUACAAGCUAGACUUGAAAAUUUACGGCGGGAAUAAAUAUAUUUAACAUUUUAGAGCUGAGAUAUGUAUAAAGAUAAAAAAAAAAUUCAUUUUAUAAAAAUAGUUAAGUUUAUACGCUCUAUAGUUAUAGUUCGAGAUACGAAUGUUUUAUUACAGCGCUUGUUCACCAAUUCAUCUGAAACAUGAAAAAAUGUUGCUUUUAUGAUUGCAUAAAAUGAUUCCUCGUAAAAUCAUAAAAUAUUAUAUACAAAGGGGAAGAACUGUAAUUACCGGAAUUGCUUAAUAAGCCCGUUGUUACAUUUUCUAUAAAAAUCAAACAACUUUAUAAUAACGUAAAAGGUUCGAUGUUUUUUGAGGUUUCUGUGCAUAUUUUUUUGCACAAGGCAAUUUGUAAAAUCAACUUAUAUUUAAAAUACCUGUUAAGUAUACUGUAAUAAAUACUUAAUUAACGUAUUUUGAUAAAUAUAUGUACAUAGUUUUAUUUGAGAACUAAUAGUUUACAUAUAUGUACAUAUAUGCUUUUAUUUUUUUUAGCAGAUAUUGUACAUUUACUGUAAAAGUAUAUAAAAACAGUUUAAUAAUUUUUGUAAAAAAAUAAUCGGAUGAUAUAAUAUUGUAUGCAUGAAAUACAAUACAAUUAAGUUUUCUCAUUGCACUUAUUGAAACUGAAUGUUUCAGUGUUAAAAAUAAUGCUAAGUAUACAAUGUUAAAAAAUUAUAUGCAGCUAUAUAAUUCAGGCACAAUUAAUAAAUUAAUUAUACACUAACAAGA